AUGCGCCCAACUAAACGUGACGACGGUGCGGAUAAACGAGCUGCACACGUCGUGGUGGUCGAUGACCAAGUCAAGAACGGCGACGACCAUUUAGAAAGAAAGUCGGCAGCGCCGUUGGCGGCAAUAAACCAAAUGCUGGUUAUGCUUGGGGACCUCUCGGAAAGAAUGAAUCGGAUCGACGUCUUCCAGAGAGAGCAAACCAACAAGCGUUGGGAGGACUCACCCGAGUCGAGUGUCGCCAGUCGCGAGAGGGAGGUCGGGGCAGGGUUGAAAUUCCGGACCCUGGAGCAUACCCCUCCUAAGGAACCUUCGAAUGUGUCGCCAGCCACCUACUUCUGCGUCCGACGACAACAAUAG